AUGGUGCAUGGAAAUCUUGAUUUUCUUACGAUGACUAAUUCUCCGAAAUACCACGGACUCGAAACAUGGUUUGCCACAAUUGUCACUAGGGUUUUAAGGAUAUUACAAAAAUACCAAACAUUUGCGGUCAUUGACCAAGAGGAUUAUACGAAGAAUUGGGAUACCUUGUUUAGAAAAGGAGCCCAAAACGUAAGAGCUGCUCAAGUGGAAGAAAUAAUUCCGCAUAAGAACAAGACAACUCUCUGUGUCCAAAGCUUUUCUAUCAGGCACAGAUUUGGUACGUGUGAUCAGAUGGAAAAGCUUGAAAAGAUGUUAUUUGGGGUUGCAAAUUGGAGAUAUGUGUUACAAAAUGCACGUGGCACAACAAGGGAGAGAGUGUCUAAGGGCAACUGUCAAAAAGCGGCUGCCCUUGGCAUUCUCGUUGUUGUUUCUGGAACGGUUGACCACUUAGCACUGUGUGACGUAUUGGACGCAUUGAAGCAAAGAAUGAGAACAAAUUUGAACCAGAAGCUAAAUCAAAAUGGAUAUGAAUAUAAUUUCUCUGAUGAUGAAGAGGAGGAAGAAGAAAACGAAACGUAUGUCUACUAUGCUCAGUCUACGGAAAGAGAUAACAUUGAGGCCGACAUAAUUCAUGGUGGUGAAUAUGAAUCGCCAGCACUUCAGUUUAUGCCUAACAACAGCACUCGUACAAAUCAAAAUCAUGUUGAAGAUUUCAUAAGCACACCGGAGGCCUUACUUGAAGAGCAAGAUGAUAGUUUUGAUGGUGGUGAAAUGCUUUCUUUUCAUGACUCUGCAGCAGGUUCAGAAUCAGAACAUGAUGACGCAGAUAUGGUUGAAGAAGAGAUCCAAACAAGCGAUGCUGAUUCGGUUCAUGAUUCUGUUCCGAAUCAACACGGCCCCACUGCUCCGAUCACCAAAGACCUACACAAAAGUGCUUUUAUGGACAGUGACGAAAACUGUAGCGAAGACUGCAUUAAUCAAGAAAUUGAAAGUAAGAAGCUGAAGGAUACAAAUUUAUCUGUUGAUGAAAAGUUUCUGAUCUUAGCGCCAAACCGAUUGGAAUCCAGGAAACUUCAAGUUCAAGAAAUGGAGGAGGAAGAAAUAUUUGGUGACUCGUGCACAGUGGGUUCAACUUCUAAGAGCUCCUCUGAAUGGAGGAGCUCAAUUAAGGAUUCAGGUACUGAAGACCCAUUUUCUUCUUCGUCGCGAAGAAGUUGCCCCAGGUGGGAAUCCUACACAGUGUUCCAAAAAUAUGAUGAAGAGAUGAUGUUCCUAGACAGAAUUAGUGCUCAAAAGCUUCAUGAAACUGAGUCUCUUAAGUCCAUCCAUGUGAAUCCAAGAUCAAUUUCAGAUAGGAUCGUUCACAAGUUUUCAACUAUAAACAAGAAGCCUUCAGACUUCCGCCAAAACCCAUAUCAUGAAUUGGAAGCUACCUAUGUAGCUCAAAUUUGCUUAACAUGGGAAGCACUAAAUUGGAACUACAAGAACUUCGAACGUAAAAAAGAUUCGCAACGCGACCUUGAUCCUGGCUGUCCUGCACAUGUUGCACAACAGUUUCAGCAAUUCCAAGUCCUUUUGCAGAGAUAUGUCGAAAAUGAGCCUUAUGAGCAAGGCCGGAGACCGGAGGUUUAUGCCAGAAUGAGGCUUUUAGCACCAAAGUUACUCCUCGUGCCAGAAUAUCGAGAUUCUCAAGAUGAUCAGAGGGAUGAUGCUAGUUUUGGCUCAAGAAUUUCAUCAGCUGCAUUUCUAAUGAUAAUGGAAGACGGAAUCCGAACAUUCAUGAAUUUUCUCAAGGCUGAUAAGGAGAAAACCUGCCAGAUCCUUAAGGCAUUCUUUAGGCGAAAUCGAAGGGGUUCAGUAGAUCCUGUUCUUCUCCAAUUAAUGAAGAAAGUUAAUAAAAAAAAAAAGAUGAAGCUUAAAGAGCUUCGCCGUGCUCGUAAUUGCAUAAGGAAAAGAAAAUUAACAGUAGAGGAAGAGAUGGAGAUUUUGAUGGGACUAAUAGACCUAAAACUUGUCUCGAGGGUAUUGAGAAUGACUGGCAUCGGUGAAGAGCAAAUGCAUUGGUGUGAAGAAAAAAUGAGCAAAGUGAGAAUAUUGGAAGGGAAGCUUCAAAGAGAUUCCUCACCACUUUUUUCCCGGCACAUUGACCCACACAAUACUGUGUUGGUUGAUGACUAG